CACACACUGAGAGCCUAAGAAAAGAGGCCGCGUAGGCGCGCCCUCCAGACGCCUUGAGGUGCAGAUGAGGCCAGGAAGGAGGAGACGAUUUGACCAUUUCUUUCCCGCCUACCUCUCCAGUCGGAGCUGCGCGCAAGGCGGGGGCCUUUAAGGUGCCUGUCGGUCGCCCGCCCCCUGCAGCAGAGCGGAGGGGCUGCUGAGGUCCCGUCGUCGCCCCAGCCAGAACCGGGGCCGGGCUGUCUCCGGUGCAGAUGCCAUCUGGAGGUCCCAGGAAUUUCCUGUCCACAAGGAACAUGAAGUUGUGGUACAGCACUAUACCAGCAUUAGUUAGCGUGAUGUUGUUUUUCUCAGUCCAACCAUCAAUGUGCUGCAACAAGGCUCUGUGUGCCAGUGAUGUCAGUAAAUGCUUAAUACAGGAGCUAUGUCAGUGCCGACCAGGUGAAGGAAACUGUUCAUGUUGUAAGGAGUGCAUGCUUUGUCUAGGCAUGCUUUGGGAUGAAUGCUGUGAUUGUGUCGGGAUGUGCAAUCCUCGCAAUUAUAGUGACACUCCUCCAACUUCCAAGAGUACCGUUGAAGAGCUGCACGAGCCAAUCCCGUCCCUCUUUCGGGCACUCACAGAAGGCGACACUCAGUUGAACUGGAACAUUGUUUCCUUCCCUGUUACAGAAGAAUUAUCACAUCAUGAAAACUUAGUCUCGUUUUUAGAAACAGUGAACCAUCCUCAACAUCAAAAUGUGUCUGUUCCAAACAACAAUGUCCACAUAUCAUACUCCAAUGACAAAGAACGCAUGUGUACAGUGGUUUACUUUGAUGACUGCCUGUCAGUACAUCAGUGCAAGAUAUCUUGUGAAUCUAUGGGUGCAUCGAAAUACCGAUGGUUCCAUAAUGCCUGCUGCGAAUGCAUUGGACCAGAGUGUAUCGACUAUGGCAGUAAAACUGUAAGAUGCAUGAACUGCAUGUUUUGAAACAGGAAAGCUGGCUUGCAAUAUGGACACUAAAGUUAUUUUUAGUGAGAUGAAUUGAACUUAUUACUGUUAUUUGAUAAUGUAAUAGAUGCUGUGCAAAUGCAGUGACUAGCGAAGAUGUAUACAAUUUUAAACAUUUUAUUCUCCCGCCUCCAAAAAUGAUAUAAACAGUAUUAUUUAGUAAAUGUUUAGAUUUGUUUUUCUUCUUGAUUGGACAAUAACCCUUAUGCUUUUAUAGUUAGACUGUUUGCUUUGAUCUGAAACAUUGACUAAUUUGCAUAUUUAAUAUUUUGUUGAUUAGAGGAUUAUGAAGCUUCAAAGAAACUACAGCCCGCUCUUAAGUGAAUUUCUCUGUUUUGGUGUAUCACAUUUGGAAAUGUUCAGAUUUAUACUGAUACGUAGCUUAUCACUACAGACCUCAUGUGUUAUUGUUGUGAAAUGUUCUAAACUUCACAACUAAAGGAAAUGUACAGAUUGAUUAUAAGCAUGAAAGAAAACACAUGUUGCAUUAGGUGUCAAGAUUUGUCUUCCUUAUCAGUAUCAUUCUCUGUAUCAAAGCAAAUUUAAUAAGUUUAAUUAUGUUCACUUCGUAGUAUUCCCCCCCCCCCCCCCUUGCUUUUCAUUCUAGGCUACAGUAAAGCUAUUAUGAACCAAAAAGAGAACAUGCAUUAUUGGGAAUUAAAUUGUGGUUCACAGUGAAUUCAGAAGUUAUUGAUGUAUAAGAAACAAAUAUAUUUAGUUAAAAUUCAGUUGUAUGUUUUAAACAGACAGCUAAUUAUGUUUUCUGUAAUUCAUAUACUUGAUUUCAUAUCUGUCCACCUCAUUCCAUAUGCUUAAACCUUUAUCAUACUUUUUGUAGCAUACUUCUAUGUAAAGUUUAUGUUCAACUAUACUGUGUAUAGUUUAGACAUUCUCCCUGACGCAGUGAAUCCAAUUUGUACAUGGAAACAGACAUUCACGUAUAGAUUCCAUGUUUAGAUGUGAACUGAAAACACAAAAAUGGUGUUGCAUGGUGCGGGAGGAAUGACAGCUAAUAUCCACUAAUGGAUAUGUAUGGUUAUGUACCAUCAAGUCACAACCAACUUAUGGCACCCCAGUGAGGGGCUUUCAAGGCAGUUGAGAAGCAGAGGAGGUUUGCCAUUGUCUUCCUCUGCAGAGUCUUCCUUGGUGGUCUCCCAUUCAAUUAUGGACCCUAUUUAGCUUCUGAGAUUGACCUAUGCCACCUUCUUUUUAAGUUCAAAUAUAUGUGUCUGUAAAGUGCAUUCAAAUCUCAGUUGGUGUACGGCAACCCAGUAGUUUCCGUGGCAAGAGACUACCAGAGGUGGUUUGCCAUUGCCUUCCUCUGCAUAGUGACCCUGUUAUUCUUUGGAGGCCACCCAUCCAAGUACUAGCCAGGACUGAGCCAGCUUAGCUUCUAAGCUCUGACAAGAUCAGACUAGCCUGGUCAAAUAUAUGUAUGACUUACUAAAUAAAUGGUAUGUGCUCUCAAGCUGACAACCUCAAUCUUAUGAUUGGAAGAGGGGAAAGAGACACUUCUGCUACUAAAAGGUAAUGUGGUGUCAAACCUGACAGCACUCCCUGCUUAGGAAAGGUACUAGUGUGUGUGUGACCAACAGUGGCCUCCUAAGCAGAGCUGCAUAUUCUAAGUCCAGUCAAGUCAGUGGGCUUAGAAGCGUACAAUUCUGUUAAGAUACCAAUGUAACUUUGUAAAUUUGGCUGCAGUUGCAGUGUCAUCCUAAGCAAUUACUAAAUUGGGACUCUUUUGUUUUAGGCAUACAGUGGCUAAAAGGAAAGAAUAACAGUUCUAAUUAAAUUAUUUAAUACCUCAUGCUGCCCUGAAUUUCUCCAUGACUGUUUGUUGUUUAAGUUUAAAUUCAAGAGUAAUUAGCAAAAUACAGUUUACAGUUAUCUCAUGUACUUAAUAGGUCACUAUUAUUUGCAGUGGGCUAAGAGAAAUUGAUAAUCUGGAAUGUGAACACCUCUGCUAUUUUUACCUCAGAGCUAUUAUGCAGACCAAAGACUGGCUUUCCAAAGGUAGAUGAAAAAGGUACCGUUCAUGAACAGAAAAAUGUAUGCUUGAAAUUCUCUCCUGCCUUGUUUGUAGUGUGUCUGGUUUACAAAUAAAUGACCAACUACUAUUCUCUUUUUGGCCUUCUUCAAGAAGAAAAAUAGGAAGACAUCUUUGGGCAAAAGUAUCUGUAGACACACAUCAGUGACAUACAAAUUUUUCAACUGUAUAUUUUUCUGUAUGUGAUGAUUUUACACCUUUAUAAGGUUGCCAUAAGCAUGUAUACUCAGCCAUAAGUUUCACUGAGUUGAAUAUAGUAAAAUAAAAAGAAGGUUAUCAGUCCUUUGUUUAAUUCUUUUUAUUCUUAGCUAUUGCUUGAGAGAAAAAUAAACUAGUUAUGAAAUUUGGUACAUUGGCAGUGCAGUAAUAUGCACUUUUAGAUGGCAAAUUCAUUUAACGAAACUCACCUGGUAGCUUUGCAGCUAUUAAAAAUCUUUGUACAAGAA